GAUUUUUUGAUCAGCUGACGCAGAUGGUCUGCUUUAUUUAGUACGGGAAACCUUUUACUCAAUCGAUUUACCCUCGCAUCCGCAGCCAUAGCGUUUGUGUUGUCAUGUGAUGUUAGACGUUCUAUUUUUAUUCAAUCUCUGGCAAGUCACCUGGAAAUAAACAGGGUGAACUGGAAAUUUGGGGAAAGUUCAAGGUCGGUCGGGGCGAGUUAAUCCUCGGAGUAGGGGAGGAGUGGUCAGAAGCAUGUGUGUUGGUCAGCUACUGCUUUACAUGUACGCCAAAAGGGAAAACAGAUGACAAUCGGACUUAACGGAAAGGAGAGAUCUCAUCUGCUGGAAUUUUGUCACUAAUUAACAGUCGCCUUCCUGGAAUUUCAUCAGCACCUCUUUGUUAGCCCUGACGAGGAGUACGUACAUGUUCUCGAUAAUGAUUGACAAGAAAAGACCACAAAAUACAGUAUACCUUGAGUAAACAAAAACAAAACUUGUCACCAUGUCCAGCGAGAAAAAGCGCCAUGAGUCGGGAGAGUCCUACGAAUCUACGGACAGUGUGGGGGACCUGAUCCCCACCCCACCGGACGGAGGGUGGGGCUGGGUGAUCGUGUUCAGUUCCCUGAUGUGUAACAUCAUUGUUGAUGGUAUAGGGUACGCUUUUGGAGUCCUUCUCCCCCAGUGGGUGGAAGUUUUCAACGAGUCCCACGGGAAGGUAUCGCUGGUGGGGUCGCUACUUGUGGGGGUCUAUUUAUGUGCAGGUCCCUUGGUCAGUGGUUUAACAAACAAGUUUGGAUGCAGACCCGUGGCGUUUGCCGGAAGUUGUUUAGCUUGUUUGGGAUUCCUAUUGGCGGCCUUCAGUAGCAGUAUCAAUGUGCUAAUGUUGACCUAUGGAAUCAUGGGAGGUUUGGGAUUUGGUUUAAUCUAUUUGCCUGCCAUAGUGAGUGUUGGUUUCUACUUCGAGAAAAAGCGCGCCAUAGCGACUGGAAUAGCCGUUUCCGGUUCUGGAAUUGGUACUUUUAUAUUUGCGCCCGCAAACGCUGCUAUGCUAGAAGCAUAUGAUUGGAAGUUUAUGUUAGUGAUUCACGCCGGCAUUAUUCUAAAUGGAUGCGUUUGUGCAAUGGUUAUGAGACCCCUCGAACCUCCCAAAAGAAAGAAGAAGAAAAAGCCAAAAAUCAGAGCGAAGACAAUGAUUGAUCGUGUAAAAGAAAGAGCCAUAGCGAAUCGAAAUCGAGCUGGUGAAUCCGAAUCCAGUGUUCAAAUUGGAGAAAGUUUUGCAAAAUUGCAAGAAGCUAAAAGAUUGCGUGAAGAAAGAUUAAAGGAGGAGGGGUCAGAUAUUUUGUCCAUGCCAAGUGCUUACUUCGAAAAAACAAACAAGCUAUCUUUUUCAGAAGCAGGGGAGAGUUAUUGUGGAAGCCCUGUCGCAGAUAUUCCAAAAAUAACAUUCAGUGGCAUUGACGGGAAAGAGAUUUCGUCACCAGAAUCUCCACAGUCUGAAAAACCCGACGCUAAGAGUGCUUCAAAAGAAGAAGUUCGGAGAAAAUCCGGAGAGGAAGAAGCAACGAAUAAAGACGUGAAAGAUGCAAACAUCCUUAAAGGAGUUUAUAGCCACGAGGUGGAGCCACUUAUCGAAAAUGGGUACGCUAAAGUUGCUCCACGCCAAGCAAAAGACUUUUCUUCUGCUGCUAGACUUCGUAUGGGAUCCCAGCAUAAUAUAGAGAAAAAAGACUACGCUAGACCCAUGUACAGACAAGAUAUCUUCUAUAGUGGAAGCGUAAAUAAAAUCCCACAAUUUACGUCCCAACCAGACAUGCACACUUACAUUACUAGUAUAACAACAAUACCCGGAGAGAUCGAGGUCCCGCCAUCUUCAGUGUGGGAUCAUUGCACGUGUUUGCCAAAAUCCAUUGUAGACACUUUACGUGACAUGUUAGAUUUCUCAAUAUUAAAAGAUGUUCCUUUUGUGUUGAUUUGUGUUGGAAACUUAUUCGCAAUGGUUGGAUUUUAUGUUCCUUUUACGUACCUGGUUGAUCAUGCUUUGGAACAGAAUGUUUCAAAGUCAGAUGCAGCUUUUCUCUUGUCUGUGAUUGGUAUCACGAACACCGUUGGUCGAAUUCUGUCGGGAGUUUUAGCAGAUUUGACUAAGGUGGACGCUUUGAUAAUAAACAACGUUGCUUUGGUGAUUAGCGCGGUGCUGCUCUUCCUAGAACCCUUUUGUACUACGUACCCUUUGCUUGUUCUUUUUGCAGCUCUCUACGGUUUAUGUGUUUCUGCAUAUAUUUCAUUGACCUCCAUUAUCAUUUGUGAUCUUAUUGGUCUGGAGAAACUGACCAAUGCAUUUGGUAUGUUAACGCUGGCCAGAGGGACGUCCUCUAUUUACGGACCCCCACUCGCAGGUGCCAUACGGGAGGCCACGGAUAGCUACAACUACUCUUUUUACCUGGGAGGCGGAAUGUUCGUUAUCGGGGCAAUCUUUCAUCUAAUGCUACAUUUACCGUGCAUCAAACGGAAAGGGCUGCAGGAACUCACGGGGGCUGACCUUGAUGUACCAGAAGAGGAAACUCCUGUCGCUGUGUAGAUCACUGUAGUCAACAAGAAAAGUUUUGAAGCAAUAUUUUUGAGUCGGAUAUAUAGGCAUUGUUGAUAUGGUUUUAAGCGCUUGUUUUGUUAGUGAGAGUGUAUAAUUUCCAUACAGUAAAAGUAGUUUAUUUUCUUUUUAUGUUCAACUUAUGAGUUGAAUAUCAUCAACACGAGAACAAAAUAACUUGAAAUGGUGAUUUAUAGACAAAGUGAACACAUUUAUUGAAUGUGGCAUUUUACCAAAGUUGGUAUAUACUGUCUUUGCUCUUUUGUUUUGAAUUCCAGAAAUUUAAGUGUUUUUUUUUGUUUGUGUCUCUACUUGUUGUUGUCUAAUAUUUUGUUUUGUGGCAGGUCUUAUUUUUUUCAAUAAUUUGUC